GAAGCAAUGAAAGGGUUAGGGAAUCAUCAUACAAUCAUCACACAGCCGCCAAGUUGGUUCUGUAACUUUUAUCCAUCCCCACCAACUCCGCAAAAAUAACAUUGUUAACUUUUGCUUCAGUCCAACGCUCAAAAUUCAAAGGGGGAAAAAUAUAAAAUGGAGUUUGCUUUGGCAUCUGUCCUCAUCAGUGGGUUGGUUGAGAAGAGUUUGGUUUGGUCAAAUUUUUUUCAUUUUUCUCUGUUUGGAAAUGGAAUCGCAUAAAUGUCAAUCCCUCCACUCCCACCAUUUUUUUUUUCUCUUCUUCUCUUCAUUAUCUGCACUGCCUCUAAUUCUCUUCCAUUCAAAUUCAUUCACUAUCGAUUUUUUUUUUUAAUUCUUUCCAUUGAUUCGAUAUUUAUUCAUUGUUUACUCAAAAAAUCAUUAUUCAAUUUCAAGUGGGUUCUUAUACUUUUAUCCAACUAUCAAGUCCAUAUAUAUCCAUACCCAUUUUUCCCUUUCCUGAAUGCAUACUUCUUCUUCCUCAGAUAUAUACAGACAUUUUGUGGGAUUCGGUUUCUAAUGACAGUUUCCGAAUAACCCAAUUGAGAUAUAUACGUAUACUUCCCUUUUUAUCUUUCUUUUGAUUUCAUUCAUUGAUUUUGAGAUUUUUGAGAAAUGGGUAGUGUGGGAUUGUUGAAAGAUUCAGUACUUGUUUGUGCGCCAUUAAUGGCGGAAUCAGUGGAGCAAAUGUUGAAGGAUAUGAACAGGGCUAAGGCAGAAGGCGCAGAUGUAGUUGAGAUUAGGCUGGAUUGUAUCAAGAAUUUCCAGCCUCAAAGGGACCUUCAAAUCCUAUUGAGAAAUAAAACAUUGCCAGUUAUCACUUCGUUCAGGGCAGCAUCAGAAGAAGGUGUACAUAAUUCUGAUGGCGAAGUUCGGCUCCAAGUUCUUCAACUAGCCUCAGAAUUGGGAAGUGAUUAUGUUGAGUUUGAACUUCAGGCUGCCUCUGCCCUCAGGGAACGAGAUAAAUUCCAUCAAUGUAACAAAAGUAAGCUGAUUGUAUCAUGCAACGUUGACAACAUAGCUUCACCGAAAGAAGACAUCGGCCAUCUCAUUGCAGACAUGCAAUCAACUGGGGCAGAUAUCCUUAAGCUGGUUGUAAAUGCAACUAAUAUUACUGAGACUGCUAAAGUUUUCCAACUGCUCUCACACUCUCAGGUUCCACUCAUUGCAUACAUUACCGGCGAAAGAGGUUUCAUUGGCCACGUUCUUGCUCCAAAAUUUGGAGGCUUUAUGGUUUACGGAUCUAUUGAAGGACACUCUGUCCCAGGUCUACCCACUUUAAGUAGCCUUAGACAAGCAUAUCAAGUUGAGUGCAUAGAUGCAGACACUAAAGUGUUUGGACUCGUUUCAAAGCCAGUGAGUCAUAGUAAAGGCCCCCUAUUGCACAAUCCAACAUUUAGGCAUGUUGGCUACAAUGCUAUAUACAUCCCAAUGCUUGUCGAUGAUCUUAAGGAGUUCUUCAACGUGUACUCAAGCCCUGAUUUUGCCGGGUUCAGUGUUGGGAUCCCAUAUAAAGAGACGGUGCUGGAGUUUUGUGAUGAAGUCCAUCCACUUGCUCAGUCCAUAGGUGCUGUUAAUACAAUCAUAAAGAGCCCCAAGGAUGGCAGGUUGAUUGGUUAUAACACAGACUGUGAAGCAUCCAUAACUGCAAUUGAGGAUGCUCUUACAAGGGGAUGUAGGAAUGAGGAUGGACUCCCUUCACCACUCAAUGGGAAAUUAUUUGUGCUGGUGGGUGCUGGUGGUGCAGGAAGAGCACUAGCUUUUGGCGCUAAAAGCAGGGGAGCAAGGGUUGUUAUUUUUGACAUCGACUAUGAUCGAGCGAAAUCACUUGCUAAUGCGGUGUCUGGUGAAGCACUUCCAUUUGGAGAUCUAGUUAGUUUUCAACCUGAGCAUGGUGCCAUCCUUGCAAAUGCAACACCUUUAGGAAUGCAUCCAAACACUCAAAGAAUCCCCGUUGCCGAAGUAUUACAGUUCACUCCUCUUUUAUAUUUUUAACAUAUAUACAUAUGAUGGCUGAUAGCUGAUAGCUGAUGCUUUUGUUUCCUGUGUAGACUAGUUUGAAGUUGUACAAGGUUGUCUUUGAUGCUGUGUAUAACCCUCGUAAAACUACGCUACUGAAAGAUGCUGAGGCUGCUGGAGCCAUAAUUGUCAGUGGAGUUGAAAUGUUCUUGCGACAAGCCAUUGGCCAGUGCAAUCUUUUCACUGGAGGCCAAGGUAAGUAGAUGAAGCACUUCUUCCCUGAGUUUAUUAUUGUUCAUGUAGCUUUCUGGCUGUUCAUGAAUUAUUUUCUUAGCGAGUAAGUAUUAACUCUUGAAUGUUGAGUCUCUUAGGUUGUUCAAACAAGAUAUUAAUGUUUUUGAUGAGAUUAUUUUGUUGACGUUACAUGGCCUUCCAAGGCAUAUAUUUUAGUCGGCUUCGAUUCUUAUUUUCAACGGACCAUCUUUAGCAGUUUUAGCUUCCAUAGAUGCAUGAGACUUACCUCUUUUCUUCUCGUUCCUCAUUGAAUCACUGUGUGUAGAUAUUUUCUCGAUUAACUCUGUUGACUUUUUGCGUUGUAAUUCUUCCUCUGUCACCUCCAUUCUUGCAGCACCUGAAGAUUUCAUGCGGGAGAUCAUCAUGGAGAAAUUCUGACGACUUUGACUUUGGCAUCAGUCACACAACUUGUUCCUGCCAUUCUUUCUACUCACAUUUCCUUUCAAGACGCUCGCUCUGAUUACUAGAUCUAACGACGUACAAGAGAGAUUCUUCAAUGCAUCAUUCAACCGGAAAUGUGACAAGAGUAUAAAUUCAGGAUCAAAAUUAGCAUAUUACAUAGGAUUGGUCUGCACUUAAAGAAUAAAGAUCAGGGUGCAACAUGUACUUGUGUAAUAAUUUUUUGGACAAUGAAGAUUCAUUAUCCGAGUGGAAUUUUAUGGUUCUUGUAAUCUCUGGACAUUUUAGCCCUCUGUUUAUAUCGUCUCGAAAGUCCAAACUUGUAAACUGCAAGAGAGGUAUUCUAAGCGUCCAUGUAGAAAAGUAAAUGGGGAUAAGAAAGAUACUCUUUCCGUUUGUUUGAAUAGUCGUAUUAUAAGUAUCUGGCUGGAAAUGUACGCACCAGCUGAUUGCUGAUAAUUUUUUUUUUAGGUGAACUAGGACGGUACUUGGCGAGCAUUCACCGAUUUUAUUAAUCAAAAGGAAAAAAUUAUACAGGGCAGUGCUUAAUACUUACC